ACUGACGAGACAUUAGUGACCUAUAGACUAAAGUGAAGCAAUAAUGUAAAGCAGACAAAAGACCUUUCUAGCAUGCAUCUAGAAAUAAACCUGUCAAAUUCAACUUUGCUCCUUCAAUCUUCACACAAUUCGAAGACGUAUAUACUUCAUAUACAUAUCACAAUAAUUUUUAGUGGUUCUCCUUCUUACUAGCUUUUCACAAAAUAUCAAAGUAAACAUAAUAUCAUCUUCAAAUCAUCAAAAAAUCAAAAUGGGUGUUGAACCUAAACAACUUCAUGUAGUCUUUUUUCCGUUCAUGGCUCAUGGCCAUAUGAUACCAACACUAGACAUAGCACGGAUGUUUGUUGCGCACGAAGGUGUCAAAACAACCAUCAUCACUACCCCUCGCAAUGCGCCUACCUUCACAAAAGCUAUUGAGAAGACCAUAAAAUCUGGAGCUUCAUCUAUCAACAUUGAGUUAUUUAACUUCCCAGCCCAAGAAGCUGGGUUACCUGAAGGAUGUGAGAAUCUAGAGCAGGCCUUAGGGCCAGGAACUAUGGACAAAUUCUUUAAGGCUGCCGCUAUGUUAAGGAACCAACUCGAGCAGUUCCUUGAGAAGACUCGGCCUAACUGCCUUGUGGCGGAUAUGUUUUUUACUUGGUCUACUGAUUCUGCAGCUAAGUUCAACAUCCCAAGACUAGUGUUUCACGGACAUAGCUUCUUUGCACUAUGUGCUUUAGAGAUUAUUCGGGUUUAUGAACCUUAUAAUAAUGUCUCGACUGACAUGGAGCCCUUCAUUCUUCCUUUACUCCCACAUGAAAUAGAGCUGACAAGAUCACAGCUUGCACCAGAUUUAUGGAAAUACAAGGAAAGUGAAUAUAAAAAACGGAAUUUUGCAAUCAAGGAAUCUGAGCUUAAGUGUUUUGGAGUAAUUGUGAAUAGUUUUUACGAGUUAGAACCCGAAUAUGCAGAUUUUUACAGGCAAAAGUUGGGAAGAAGGGCAUGGCAUAUUGGUCCUGUUUCACUCUACAAUAGAAAUAUUGAGGAAAAGAUUCAAAGAGGGAAACAAGUUUCCAUUGAUGAACAUGAAUGCUUAAAAUGGCUUAACUCAAAGAAGUUCAAUUCAGUCAUUUACAUCUGUUUUGGGAGUACAAUUCACAUGAUACCUCCUCAACUGCAGGAGAUUGCAAUGGGUUUAGAAGCAUCAGGGAAAGAUUUCAUAUGGGUGGUUAAAAAUGAUGAUGAUCUUGGAGGUUUUGAAGAUAGAAUUAAAGGAAAAGGUCUAAUUAUCAGAGGGUGGGCCCCACAGAUUUUGAUUUUGGAGCAUGAUGCUGUUGGAGCAUUUAUGACUCAUUGUGGAUGGAAUUCGACACUGGAAGCAAUCUCUAACGGUGUUCCGAUGAUUACAUGGCCAAUGUUUGCUGAACAAUUCUACAAUGAAAAAUUUGUCACUCAGAUCUUAAGAAUUGGUGUACCUGUUGGAGCUAAGAGGUAUACUACUGCACCUUCUUUAGAGGAUGUAGUGAAUCAGCAUGAUAUAGAGAAGGCUUUAAGAGAAAUAAUGGAGGGAAAUACAGCUGAUGGGAGGAGAUACAGAGCAAAGGAAUUCAAAAAAUUGGCAAGGAAAGCUUUAGAAGAAGGUGGUUCUUCUUCUUCAGAUUUGAGUGCUUUGAUUAAUGAACUGAGAUGUUUAUCCACCUAAACACCAAGAUCAAUGAUCACAUUUAAAUUUGUAUGGUCCCUUUCGCUAGUACUUUUUGUUUUCUUGUACUUUCAUGUAACAAAUUAAUUAGAACAUGAAAAAAAAAUUUAAACAUUUUAGAACAUGAAUAAUAGCUGCACUAUUCCGUUUUAA